AUGUCCCAGGCCACGUCUAGAGGAGUGAAGAUUCAAAAGAGAAAGACUCAGAUCCUACCUGGAGACUCUAGGACGGCACGGAAGGCCCUCCAAAAGCGAAAACAGGAUUUCCUUCGUCGCAUUAACUACUUCUCGUUACUAACAGCAGUAUUAUUGCCCUUGUGUGCAAUUGCAUACUUGAUUAAGGAAGGCCUAUCCGUGCUACCCGAAAACCCCAGAACAAGAUGGUUGGGUGUCAUUUACUACUGCAUAACUAUGUUGGCAUUCACAGCAGGAUAUCAUAAAUACUAUGCCCACUCUACUUUCCGCAUACGCUCUUCAUUGCUUCAUGUAUUCUUUGUUGUAUUUGGCGCAAGCAUUGGAUUGGGUCCAGUGAGAGUGUGGGCUGCAAUGCACAGAGCGCAUCAUCAAUACACUGACGAUGUUGAUCGUGAUCCAUACUCAAUCAAACGUGGCUUUUUAUGGGCACACUGGGGUUGGCUUUUGAAAAGACCAAAGAGCACAACGUUCUACAAAGAAUUCAUUGAACAAGAAUUCCCGAUAGUAAGCGGCGACAAUGAACUCUCGUCUAAAUUGACUACAGGCUCGGCUGUAAUCACAGAAUCGGAUUUACGAAUCGGCAAUGCUCUGGAGACUUACGAGAUAAAAGUAAGUGAUUCCAAAGAUAGGCAGCGCCAAACACUCGAAUGGAUGGCGUGGCAAGAAAGCUGGAACUUUAUUUUAUUCAUCUUGACUUCUUUGCUCAUUCCCACUCUUGUCGCAAUCUGGUACUGUGGCGAUACAUGGGUUAAUGGUCUCAUCUAUUCUGGAAUCCUUAGAAUGUUUGUUUCACAGCAACUGAUCUUCUUUACAGAGUCGAUAUGUCACGCAAAAUGGCUUCAAGUCACAAUCCCCAGUCAACCAUUCAAUGAUAAGAAUCUGCUGGUAGACUGUUUGAACCCAAUAGUUGCAUUGUUGACCUUUGGUCAAGCGCUGCAAAAUUACCACCACGAGUUUCCUCAUGACUACAGAGUCUCAUCUCUGACUUGGGCUUUUGACCCUACUAAAUGGUUCAUUUGGUCAUUGUCAUGUGUGGGAUUAGUUGAUGAAUUAUGUAAGACACCAAAGGAUUUGGUGAUGCAAUUACGCAUUCAGCAGAAACAACAAGUCUUGAACCAUAUGCGCUCACAAUUGAAUUGGGGAACUCCACUUUCUAAACUCCCAAUGAUUACUGCAAAAGAAUUUAAUAGACUUUGUCAAAGUGCUGCUGGGCAAGAUCGCAUUUACAUCGUGAUUCAGAAUGUCAUACAUGACAUUACUCCUUUCAUGGACCAACAUCCCGGAGGAUUGGCGCUAUUACAGGCAUCUCACGGCAAAGAUGCUACCAAGGCAUUUUAUGGCGGUGUUUACGGUCAUCUGACUGCAGCUGUUAAUUUACUUGCGACAAUGAGAAUUGGUGUGUUGGAUACUGGAGACGAUGAAGGUGUCUGGAGGCGUGUUGCCCGGGAAGAAGGUGAUGUUGAUGCUCGAGAUGAAAGACAAGGCGGUCAGCAUCGUUCUGCCGAAGCAGCAUAG